AAUGAUAAUAUUAAGAAACUCAUGUGCGAAUUGUAGGAAAUGGAUGUUGAAAAAAAAUGAACUUUGAGACAUCAAAAUCAAACUCUUGAUAGAAUUUCCGCCGAUUAAAUCAAUUAGCGUGUUUUUCCGGUGAUGUAAACCUCCGUCUCAGCAACCUUAACCUUAACCUCAACUGCGUUGUCGUCAUUAUCGUUGUUGUAAUCUCUUAUCGAAAUAAUAAAUACGAAGGCAUCAUGCAGAUAUAUAAAGGUAUGAUAGAAUUGGUCGUGAUUAAAAAUACCUCUGAAAUUACGCACAUAGUGUAGUAGUUGACUAUUGUGGAGAGAUGGGAGAACUGAUCGAUGCAUUGUGGUAUUGUUGCUGUUGCUGUUGACGACAUUGGAAACAUAGGAAACGUGGUGAAAAUGACGUGUGGUCAACAACUACGAGUAAAUAUUUACAAAUCGAUAGACGCAUGUCUAUAAAUCCAAACCGAAUAUUGAAAAUAAGAAUCAGAAUAUUUAAGAGUAGAGCAAAAAACUAUGAAAGUAAAAAAGCAUCGCAAUGGCGAUCAGAUAAGAGCUAAACAGGUAGUAACACUCAGCCACAGAGUUUGUUGUACCUAUUGCUACCAUCUCUGACUUCAUACCUUCCUGCAAGAAAAAGACGACGGCGUUGCCACCGCCGCAACUGAUGAGGUCAUGCCCAACGAUCAACCUCGACGAAAGUGGGGGAGAAAUUUGCCAAGAAAUUUACAGCUCAGUUUGCGUCAGGCUUGUGGAAUAGCGGAGGAUUCUCCCUCCCCCCAUAAAACUGUUUCAUUAGUCUCAAAUACGGGCUUUUUAUCGUUAGUACUGGCAAUGAGCUGACUUCAAGUCAAAUCAAGCCCUUUCUGCUUGUGUUUUUUCCUUAGCUUCUUCGAAGUUUGGAAAACGGAAACCGAGAUGCGAGAGAGACAAAAAAACAACAUCUCUUGGUUUUCCGAUCAUUAAGAAGGAGAAGAAAAAAGAUAAAAUGCAAACAAUAACAAGAGUCGAUGUAAUUUCCGAUGUACUAAAAGAUAAUUCGAAGUCUGCACGCUGCAACGUUUGAAAUUGGAACGAUGAUUGAAACCAAGUGUAAUUCCGAAACCGGUGAAAUACAUUGAAUAAAUUACACGUUCCGCACACAUGCAGUCUCUGCAUCAGCAUCAACAACACAGCAAUAGCGAUGCUAUAGGUGUAUAGUUGAUUAUAGGAGGUGGAGUCCUUUGCUUUUCUUUUUCAUCCUCUCGUUCGUUUCGCGAUGAACGGGAAGAAGAAGAAUGAGAAGAAGCUGAGCAGAGCUCAACGCGGAAACGUUGUCGAGGAGGUCGAGGAGGGGGAGGAGGAAGGAUUGAAGAGCGCGAAGCGCGUUGGCCCCGCUUUUCCCCCACCAUCCUAGGAUUUGCAGCGAGUUCAGGCGAACGGUUCGACUCAGCUCUCCGUGGUGCUUCCUUCGUUUUGUACAUCCGUUCUCGUGAUGGCGACGAGCCGACAACCAGCCAGCGGCUGUGCAACCAGUAAACCGAAGUCGGUUUGCCAGCUGAUCGGAAACUCCGCGCGUCAUCGCGGUUCUGCCUACGCAAAACGGACACAAGCACCUACAGCGAAAUCACUAUUUCCGAAGAGAAAGGAGAGGAGGACUAAUAAAAAUUGUGAUACAAACAAUCCUCAAUGUGAUAAUUGCCAGUGAGAGAAUCAUCCUAGGAAUCGAGAAAGUGUACUCGAAUGUUGAGUAAUUCACGAACUCCUGAUUGGAGUAUGAAAAUAACAGUUAUAUAAAUAAGUUAAUCAAAUUGGUGAAAAUAUUAUAUGGAACAAAGAAUAUUAUUUGUCCCGGCUUUAUUGUCCGUGCGAAAGAAGACUAGGAUCAGGACAACAAAAAGGGUGAGAAUGAGGAGGAGGAUCACUGUUCAGGAUUGAUUCUUAUGUCGAAGUCAUACUACGCCAUAACCUACCCCUAACCCCAAAGAGCCACGUCUUCUCGCUCCUCCUAUUGCACUCUAUUCACGAAUAGUUGUACAAAUAUUAACAAGUGUUGUUGACGCUGUGUUUUCAUAAAGAAGAGUGUGCAUACGGUAAAUUGGCGGUGAAAGAAGGAAUAAGGACGAUAAUAAUAAGAACAAUAGUAAUAAAUCAGCAACAACAGCGACAGCAGGAAGAGGAGAAAGGGAAGGAGACGUUAGCGGAUUUCUUCUGAUCAAUGAAUAACAGCACAACGGGGGCCGGCCUCGCGGCUGCUGCUUCUGCCACUGCUCUUCCAGAGGAAAAACAAGAAAUCGAGAUUCGGCCCCGGCCCAGCUGACUACUGGCAACGCCGGUUAACGUGCUCGUUAUUACCACAGCCGUCGUUAAGAUAUCUUCCCCGAUACUUUAUUAUUUUCAUCCACGCUACUGUUCGGUAUAACGGCGACGAGAGGACAUGCAGCGACGGUAGUGCGAGAGCAAAACGGAAAAACGAGAAGAAGAGCGAAAACGGCAAGAGAAAAGGGCGCAAACGGUACGAAAGAGCUCGAAACAGAGAAGAAUUUGAAUUUGCUACGUAUUUGGUCCAUAUCUAUAUAUAUAAAAACUUGUGUGUAUAUAUACACCUGUUAUCGUUGACUCAACACUUGAAGACACAAGGCGCAAAGAUGCUUUACGUAUUUCACGUUGAUACCGGAACGACGGUCACCUUCGACAUGAAGCUGGCCCUUGAGAGUGUCGCUCAGCUGAAGGAGGCUAUAGAAAGAGUAUGUGGAGUGGCAACCGAACAGCAGGUCCUGCUCGUGAGCGGGGGUGAAAGUCUCGAACCGAAUGCAAGGGUCUGCACCUAUUCCGCGGGGACGGACACCAACCCCAUUUACCUGUUCAGCAAAGCGUCGAUUGAGAGUCAACAGCCUCCCGUGCCGAGCAUAGAAUAUGGCUCAGAUGUAGAUCUUCAGGGGCAGAUCGAGGCAUCGUUGGUGAUGCCGGCUACGUAUCAAACGGUUGUGGCGAGAGCGCAGCUGGGUCAACAGUGCUGGACGCUGGCGAGGAACCAGACAAGUGUUUGCGAGAAGCUUGUCCACGACCAGCAUCUGCAGCAGCAGGGCUGGGCAGCGGUGGUCGCGAACCUCGAAGACAUAACACAGAUGUUUCAAUCGAGGGCAGAUCUGCUCCAACAGAGCUUCACUCACUACUUGACGGAACGGCAGCAGUACAUCGAACUCUUGAACAACUUCAGUGAGGACCUCGGCAUGCUCUCAAAAAUCCCCAUCCUCCCUGCGCUUCGGGCGUACGCGGAGGGCUUCCUGAGUCCCGAAGAUCAAGAUGACGCUGAGUUGGGAAGCAACAGCUCGACGACGAGGGCGGAACCGUCGAAUGACACCGAACGGGGUGAUCAGGCAUUGAGUCUGCUAAAGUGGAUAUCGGCAAAGGACAAUCAGAGCAGCCUCGAGCAGGUCGCUGAGCAGUGCUCGAGGGGCUUGGCAACGUUCGACGAGCGGGUGAUGGAGUCGCUGAAGUCUGAGGUGAGCAGCGCCGUCGAAGCGGCGAACAAGCAGGACUUGAAGGAGAUCAAGGGGCUCGGGGAGCGGCUCUAUGGACUGGAGCAGCUCAUGUUCGAGGCUAAAAAACUGGUCCAGGAGCAGGGCGACCUGGCGCAGGCCUUCCUGCAGAACCAGAACAGGGCCAGCAACCUCGGGGACGCAAGCAUCCUUCCAGACCUUUGCGCGUCUCACAAACGGCAGCUUCAGGUCAUGCUCCAGAACCACAACCACCUCCGGGACAUAAGGAGACGAUGCACCAAGGCGAAGGAGGAGCUCUCGGUGAAUCUUUAUCACCGAUUGAAGUGGAUAAUGUACGUGGAAAACAAAAUGAUGGAGGUCGACGGGAAGCUCAUCAUGUACCACGAAAGCCUUAAGCGGCUCAGACGCCAUCUUGAUGUGCUUCAGCAAAUAAAUCUCGCGCCUGAAAUGUAUAUGACCGCCGUAGCCGAGGUUGUCCGGCGCAGGACGUUCUCUCAAUCUUUUCUCAUGUGGGCCAGUAAUCUCGCGUGUCAGCUCCUGACUGUUCAUAGCGAGGAGAUCGCCAGAAGAAGGGACUUUCUGGGGAAGUUUGAAGGGCACUUUUUGAACACCCUUUUCCCUGGACUCGAGGAUACUCCCCCGGAUUUCGCCACUCAGGCUCCUUCUGUUUUCGACAGUGCAUUGCCAAAGCUAACUUCGCACGAUAUGGAAUCGUUAAGAAAAACUUUGCCGGAUCUUGCCCUGGCAGUGUCUACUCCUGACCUGAACAGCAUCACUCAAUUCUUUCUGUCGAAAAGUCUGACCGAGGGAAGCAGCAUCGAAGGCUCAAAGGACAAGGAAAAUGAGCAGGACUUAACAAACCCUGACGAUAAAAAUUCGAGCCCUCUGAGGGCGCCGCUUCUCGGCGAUCGUGGCGGGGGUUUCGAGUCUGAGACGGAUACCGAAGAGUUUGAAAAAAUCGGACAACAGGGUCAGACGAUAACGGAGCUGAAGCAGGGUGGAGUCAAUCUGGAAUCAUUCGACGGUGACACGGCGUCGGAUAAGGAAAAACGAUCAGAGUUAGCCUCCGCUGCCGCGACGACGUCAACGACGACGGUUAACAUUCAAGAUCAUCACCAUCAUCAUCAUCGCCGUCGGUGUCACUCGACGAAGAGCAACAACACCAACAAAUCUGCUGCUGCUACUUCUUCUUCUACUGUUACUCAUUCUCCCGAUGGUCAUAAUCAUCCCGAUCCCAUAAAUAAUCCUUCCUUAAACAAUCCCGCGGUGUGCGACGGUGGCGGAAGUGGAAACGAAGGUUCGGGCGAAGCUUGCGGACCAGGAUCAGGAUCAGGAUCAGGAUCAGGAUCAGGAUCAGGAUUAGGAUCAGGAUCAGGAUCAGGAUCAAGAUCGGGAACCAGAGAGCAAGGAGGGCACCAGCUCGACAGUGCAGGGAGCAGUUCUUCGUUGGAAAAUGGAAUCGGGGAUUUCAUGGGUACCGAAUUUUAUAUGGACGAAUCAUUGCCCAGCAGCCUUAGUGAACACCCGGGUCCAAGUGUCGAUGUUCAUCAUCAAGCAAUCGUUACCCUAUUACAGGAGAACUUGGGAAACACGCGGGAAGAAGUCGAACGGCUCCAGUCGAUACUUCGCUGCAUGAAAUCAGUGGCAGGCGAAGCUCUGCUGGCUUUACGUCAGGAGUUGGCGAUAAUAAGGGAGCGCAUGCUGAUAGGGAACUCAGGACUGACGGAGCUGACGGAGGAUGUGAGAAAGGCACUCGAAAUUCACUCUGGAGAAUGCGAGAGGACGCUGCAAGAGCGAGAGCAGGAACUGACUGUCGACCACGAGCUGGAAAUGGCCGAUUUACGGAAGCUGAUGCAGAGUCGCGAGGACGACAUCCGUUCCCUCGAGCAGACGAUCGUCGAGAAGGAAUCCGGGCUCUCGGAGCACGAGAGACUGCUCGCGGCUCUGCGCCAGAAGAUGGACGCUGACCAGACAGAGUUCCGCCAGUUUCAAUCCAGGAUCUUAAUGAUGGAAGAAGCCAUCGAGAGGGCCAACAUGGAAAAGGAUAUCGCUCUCAAGGAGAGCCAGCAGGUGAGUAAGGCCGAGAUCGAUGCACUCAAUGCAUCGCUCGCUGAAAGCCAGGAAAGGGUUGGACAGCUUGAGGAACGCCUCAACGCUAUUGGAGCCGAACACGAGGAGGCCAUCAAGGCUGCCACCGAAAAGUACCAGAAGGUCUAUAAAACGGAACUGGAGAACAUCAGGAGUAGGUUUAAGCUCAUGGCAGCGUCGACGAUGGAAAGAAGUCCGAGCGAUUCAAGUCUUGAGAAGAUCGAGCGUCCUGAAAUGAUUGAGCUUGUCAACCACGAGGCGAUUGUGGCAAAGUUGCGGGAGGACAUGAAGACUGAGAGGACGACAGCCAUUCGUGGUGCCAUCGAGAAGGAAAGAUCGGAAUGUGCUGCCAAAUUGGACCAUGAACUGAGGCUGGCCAGGCAGAGAAACGACGCCGAGAGACAGGUCUGGUUCAAUGAAGCCAUGCGCCGGGUGAUCGAGGAGAAGGAGAGGCAGCUCGAAACUCAUAGGUCCAGGGAAGCCAUGCUGUCCGAAGAGUGUGAACGCUUCAAGGUAACCAUCAGGAGGCUCACCGAGUCGGAGACCAUGAUUCGACAAACGCUUACCGAAACCGUCGAGAGUCUUGAGGCAGACAAAGUAAGACUAGAGGCGAACAUGGAGGCUGAUAGAAACGAGUUGAAAGACCGUGAGGACAAGUUGAAGGAGUUGGAAUCCGAGAGAGAUAAAUUGCGGACGGAGCUGAAUGACGAGCGUCUGAAGAUGAGCGAGGGAGGUGGGUGCUUGGAGGAGGCUGUGAAGAUGCUGGAGGCGAAGAACGAGAGGCUGGAGACGAUAAAUGCGGGGGCUGACUCACGACUGCAAAAGCUGGAGGCGGAGAAGGACAAGCUGAAGGCAGAGCUGGAGAUCCACAGAAAAAUUGACGACAUUGAAGUCUCGGAGUCCAAGAAGGUACGGCUUGAGUCAGAGCCAGACCUCCAGGAAUUGAUACGGCGACUCGAGCUAGUCGAGGGCGAGAACAAGCGGUUAAAAUCGGAGAUGCGAAUCCUCCACGAGGGCAGAAGCAUCCUUGAAUCGAAAGUCGAGGCUCUGAAGUCCGACAAUGUCGCCCUGAAGAUGGAACUCGUCGAGGAAAGAUCGCGGCGCCGGAAUUGCACCGGCGAGGCGAUGACCGCCUCCGCUGCUCCUGAUCCUCGCGAAAAAGACAUGUGCGCCUCAGUCGCCGUGAUUCCGGAAUCUUCGAGCCGCGAUGCCGCAACAAGCCCCGAACCCAGCAGGCGAAAGUCGUCGGUCCACGUCGACAACAAACUUACUCGCAGCACAAGAAACCUCAUCCAACAGUCAAAGAUCAGCAUCUGCACGUGCAAUCCAGGCGACAUCGUCCUCGUGCUGUGGGAACCUGCUUACUCAUCUUACACAGUACUUCAAGAAACCGAUGCAAUAUAUUUAGUGCACUCCGACAGUAUCGUCCUUCUCGAUCUGAAACUUAAUCCCGACGGCACUCCGAAGAAGAAUCACACAGUUGCUGAGGUUGUCAAAAAAGAGUGGUGCCUCGCGAAAAAGGCAAAUAAUCGAUAUAAAGUUGAGGAAGGCAAAACAUUUUAUCGGGUUAAACUUAAGCCACAGCAGAAAGAGACCGGUAGUAUUUACACUGGAAGUAGUGGCACCAGUAGCCGUCAGACGAGCGAGGCAUUGACGAAAGGAUCUCCGUCAUCGUCUCAUCAACAUCAGCCUUCAUCCCACUGACAAACGGUAGCGUCGCAUCCCGACUCGAGUUCUGGAACACGAUUAAACUGGUGUAAUGAUACAGCAAAUGAUUAUCAAGUUAAAACUAUGGUAUCACCUGUAACGAGAAUGUCGAAAUUCUUUGAAUUCAUUAGUAUAUCUUUUUGUCUGAUCAGCCUAUUUAAAUGCCGGGUGAUUGGCACACGAAAUAAUAAUAACAACAACAAGAAUAAUAAUAAUAAUGACAAUGAUAAUAGGCAAUUGAGACGUACUAUUGGUUGAUUUCAUAGGAUGUUCAAUCAUUUCUAAUCGAUAUGGAAUUUUACCGUCACUAAUGCGUGAAGAAAACGAGUAACGCGAUAUUUAAAAAAAAAAAAGAAAUUCAAUCAUCAACAUACCAAUUUGGUGCUGAGAUUUUUUUCAAAAUUUCUCGGGUCUGAUAAUAUUUUUGUUUGUUUCUAAUCGGACGUUAAUUGUGAGUAACAAAAGAAUUAUAAAAUUUGAAAAACAAGAAGCGGAGAAGAAAUAAGAAGAAAUUAGUUGUUCAGUUGAAGAAUUAUAAUUGAAAUAAGAAAAACGAACAUAUUCUGAGCGGGUUUUCUUUUUCUUCGGUAGUUGUCUCCUAAAGAAUGAACGAGGUUGAUGAAUCCAGAUUCGUAUUUAUACAUACCAAACGUGCGUGAAGUCUUGAUGAUAGAAUGAAUUCUAUUAUAUAAUAUAAUAUUAUUACUAUAUUGUACCUAGAUGAUGUUAAUCAAUUGAUUACCUAUACUUUUCGUGAUAUAAAAUAUUUUAGUUGUAAUAUGAAUAGUAAUAUUAAUAAUAGGAUACAUAGAUGAGAAUAUUAAACUUUAUGAUAAUAUUAAAGAUUUGAAGUAAUAAUGAUAGUGGUGAUGAAUGAGUAAAUGAUACAAAAUUAAUAAUAAUAACAAUAACAAUAAUGAUAAUGAUAAUAAUGACAAAGGCAUGAAAAAUAUGAUUAUUUGCGUAUUCAACUUGGAAAUGAGCCUAAAAAAAUAAACAAUAGAUGAAACGAAUAAUCCGGAGGCGAGUGAAUACCUACAUAAAAAAAGAGGAAGAUACGUAGACGUUUAACACGGGACCUAAAAGCAGAUAGCUGACAUACCUAUUAACAUAGGCACGGCGUUUUAUUGUGAUACACAUAAAAUACAACAUAUAUAUACACCUCUAUCAAUAAUUUUUAUCACUAUACCAUUUGUAGAUAAAAUAAUAUUAAUAGAAAAUUGAAUGACGUAAAAAUUUUAUAUUGCGUUAAAGAAAAAACUUACCGAAAGAGGGUUAAAAAUUCUUUCAACCUAUUGAAACAUCGCGCGCUGUGAACGAAGCUGCUACAGUAAUAGCAAAAAAAUAUUAAGAAAAAUCUCAUUGAUUCUCUGCAAUUUUAUGUGGUAACAAAGGGCAGUGAGAUUAAACGACUAAUAAACAGAAUUAAACAAACGAACAAAAAUAAUAAAUAUAUGAAUGUACGUUACGUAAUUUAAACUGAUGAAAUAAAUACAAAACGAAUCAAAACAUCGUUAAUUUUAUAGUUUAAUGUCGCACAUUCUUGAAUGUUCCGUCUUCUUCGCUAUAAUUGUAGAUGAUAAUAUUUAUGAACGAAAAACAAAUCAAACAAUUCUGACGUGUUUAAUUUACGUUCAUUGUAGUUUAUUUCCAUAUUUUCCGGGAAGUGAAUAAAAUGUACCAUCAACCACAAAUAUAAUGUUAAUAAUCAUAAUGAUUGAUAUUGAUACAAAGGUAAUUAAGAAAGUUUUGUGAUUCAAUUAAUUAUAGUUAUUAUAUUAUUACAUUAUAUUGUGUAGUGUGUUAGAGAAGUGACACUAACAAUAAUAAUGAUAAUAAUAGUAACAAUAACAAGUUACGUUAUAUAUACUUUAUUUUCGCUCUAAAUUUCUAGAUGGUAACAGACAUACCCAUAAAAAAUGCACACACAGGAUGAAAUAUGCAAGAAGAAAAUCAUAUUCUAUAGCGAUAUUUGUAGAAAUAUUAUUAUUCUUAUUGAAUAAAAUAGGUACGUUCGUAUAUUGUAGUGAUUUUAUAUUCAAUAUUGCAUAAAUAGAUCAUAAGAGUUGUCAAACUAUUUUGGUGAGAUACGAUAGAAGGAAAAACACUUUGGUUUUGUCUAUAGUUCACAAUUAUCGAUUAUAAAUUACAUUCAAAUAAUCGUAUAAUAACACCCAAUUUUUUCAUUAUCCUCUAAUAAGCCGAGCCGUCGAAUGCAAAGUCGCAGAAGAAGAAGAAGGAGAAGAGAAAAGAGGAUAUAACUGAAUUUAGAAAAUAAUGUUAUUCUCCCUCUUUUUUUUUUUGGUUCCCUACUAUUUUAUAUACUGUUAUUCCGAUGUAUUUCCUACAGGAUUUGUCGGAUAUUCUACUGAAAAUUCGGCAGUUAAUCGUUCUGUAUUUUUAUUCUGUAACAGAACUGUUGAAUUGACACGGGGUAAUAUUUUUUAGUCGAUUUGACGAUCAAAAAAAAAAAAUUUUUCAGUUCAAUUCAUUGCGUUAUUAUAAUUACUAUUAUUAUCAAAAUCCUACUACUAAUCUAGCUUGAAAAAUGACUAUCUUAUGAGAAUUAAUCUAGUAUAAAACGUAAGUAACUAAUUAGCAUAAACAUACUUACUUAUAUAUAUAUAAUAUAUAUAUAUAAUAAGUAUAAUAAGGUAUAAUAAAUUUAUGAUGAAACAUAAUAAUAAUAUACUAAUAUAAUAUCUAGCGAUUGUACAUAAAAAUUACCUUCGAUACUAAUGUAAUGAAUUACAAUACCAGGCUUGAAUAUGUGAUGUGAUGAAUGUGUGAUCAUAAGUAUUUACGUAAGCACUGUAUGCAUAUGUACGUGCAAUAAUUGUGUACAAUAUCGUGGCAGCUGCUAAUUAAAUUUAUUCAUUCUUCUUUUUCUUUCAUACAAAAAAGUUUUUUUUUUUUUUUUUUUUUUUUUUUUAGAAAAAAGUACCACAACUGUGUCAUUAUUAUUAAUAUCAAAUAUAUUGUAUCUGAUAGCAGACAUGCUGUGUAGUAACGAAUUUUCAAAUCUAAUUAUUACGAUUUAUAUACACCAUUUAUUACAGACCACGUGCGUAAUAUAUGGUAAAUUCUUUAUAAGUUAAAAGAAUCAUUUGCUUACACGAAAAAAGAAAAAGCCACGUGAAAAUAGAGAAUUAACUGCAUAAUAUUUACUGCAAAUGCCUAAAUACACCGUAAACUUGAUGUAAUUGUGUAAAAUAAAAACAUACAUACAUAUGUAUCUACACGCUUACACCUAAAUGUCGAUUAGGUAGUAAGUUUUAUCGAUUUUAAAACGUAAGAAGGUAAAUAGAUCUAGUUAGGGCGAAAGUAUAGUUCAUUCUAAUUACAUUAUACAUCAAAUAUUACAUAAGUAGUAUGUAAGUACUUACUCAACAGUUGCAGCGUACGUUGGUACAUACGUGUGAGAUGGAUAAGGAAGUAAAAUAUGGUGAUUAUUUUUUCAUAUAAUUCAAAACAUCUUUUCUAUGUUCCUUAAUUUUUUACUUGUAUUUUGCAUUCACUUAGUUUAUGUUCUACAUUUUUUUGUUUUGCAAACUGCUCUAUUGAUUCAUGUCCAAUUGUCAAUCUGGUUCAAAUUUCUGAUGUUUGAAGAUUGAGGGAAAAAAAAAAAAAAAAAUUUGAAAUACAAAUUAGAGAUAAAUUGAUUUAUAUUGACAAGAAACAGUUUUGUGUAAUUCCAUAUUCUAUAAUAG